CCUUCUCCCAAAGCAAACGCCGCCGCCCUCCCCGCCCACUUCCUCCUCGCCGGCGACAGCACCACCGCGCCCCAAUCCUCCGGCGGCGGCGGCUGGGGCAACGGCUUCCUCGCCUACCUCCAGCCGCCGGCCACGGGGAAGAACCUCGGCCACAACGGGCGCACGACAGUCUCCUACCGCAGUGACGGGUAUUGGGACGAGGUGCUCAAGGAAGCGAAGAGCGUCGCGGGGAAGAAGCAGGUGUACGUGACGAUCCAGUUCGGGCACAAUGACCAGAAGCCCGACAAGAAAAUCAGUAUCGCACAGUACGGCGCGAACCUGCAGAAGAUGGCCGGCGAAGUGAAGAAGGCCGGGGGAGUGCCGAUCUUGGUGACGCCGUUGACGCGGCGGUCGUUUAACGGGGCGAAGGUGAAGGAGACCUUCGCGGAGGAGAACAAGGCGACGGUGGCGGCAGCGGAGAAGGCGGGAGCAUGGUGGAUAGAUUUGAACGGGGCGAGCACGGAGUAUGUGAAUAAGGUGGGGACAAAGGUGAAUACAGCGUAUGCGUUGAAGAGCGGGGAUAAUACACAUGUGAAUGCGAAGGGGAGUAAGUUGUUUGGGAGGAUGGUGGCGGAUUUGAUCGUGGCGAAGUAUCCGGAGACGAAGGGGUUUUUUAAGGAGGAUGCGGCGGUGAGUCAGGCGAUA